AUUUUAUGACAGAUAUGGAAGAAAUUAAAAAACAAGUCGGUCAAUCUGAUAGUGAUGAUGACGAGCCUGAAAAUUUGCAGUAUAAGGUGAUCCUGCUCGGCAAUGGUACCGUGGGGAAAACCUCAAUAAUCAACAGAUUUUGUGAAGAUUACUUUGCUAAAACAUAUAAGCAAACUAUUGGAGUUGAUUUCUAUGUCAAACGUCUCGAACUCCCUGAUAACAUAUUCACUGCGCUCCAGGUCUGGGAUAUAGGAGGCCAGAGUAUUUUCAGUAAAAUGGUAACCACCUACAUUUAUGAAGCCAAUGCAGUGAUAUUCGCGUAUGAUAUCACAAACCACCAGAGCUUUGCUGAUCUUGAAGACUGGCACCAGCUGGUCCUGAAGACUUUUGAAGGAAAGGAACCCCCUUUGAUGGCUCUUAUGGGUAACAAAAUUGAUCUGAAUCAUAUGCAGGCAGUAAAGCAAGAAGAACAUGAGCAGUUUGCUGAAGAGAACAGGCUUUAUAACUUCUAUGUAAGUGCGAAAACAGGUGAUCAAAUUGAAGCAUGAUUCUACAAAAUAGCAGCUGAUCUCUCAGGUGUUAAACUGAGCAAAGAGAUGAUAGAGUCUCAACAAAAAGCAGUCAAACCCAAUAUUAUCGACUAUAUGAACAAUGAGGCUGAGUUGGAAAAGGCAGAAGAGGAACAACAGAAAAAGACUAAGAAGAAGGGCAAGAAGACUUGUGCUAUAUUCUAAUUACUUUAUAAGGCUCGUGAGCAUUU